CAAGUGCGCAGAUCAUGGCUUCAAAUGUAAUUGUGGUGUCAUCCUCUGGCCAUGUUACUACCGGUAUGCCUUCGCCAGGUACGGGAAUUCGAGACAGGUCCGGGGCAGGUCCGGACGGACUGAGUAGGUCUGGGAGUGGUAAGAAGGGAGGGCCAGUGGUUCGGAGCCCGUCUGCUGCUGCUGGGGGGCAGCAGGGGACAGAGGAGAAGGGAGGGAAGGAGGGGGAGGAGUGUGUGGGGAAGACGGUUGAGGGAAAGAGCGAGGAAGGUAAGGAGGGAGAAGAGAAUAGGGAGAAGGAGAAGGAUGAAGCUGCGAAAGAGAGUGAAGGAGAGGGGGAGAAGCAGAGCGUGGAAGGUGCAGGGAAGAGUGCAGAGGGGAAGAGCAAAGACGAAGGCGGAGCGCAUGGCACAGGCGAAGCGGUUGCAGCAAAAACGGCUGAAGGGAAGGAAGUGAAGGAGGUGGGUGGUGGUGAUGUGAAGGCGGCCAGUGUGGGAGGUGUGGGAAUGGAGGGAGGGAAGGAGGUGGGAGGAGAGGGAACAGUGGUUGGGAAGGAUGAAAGCAAGACAGAGGCUAUGUCAAGCUCUUCAGCUGCUGCUCCUGUUGCUACUGCUGCUGUUGCUGCUGCCCCUGUUGCUGCUGCUAUUGCCUCUGUUGCUGGCUGCCGCUGGUGCUGCUGUUGCUGUCGCUGUUACAGCCGCGGCAGUGGCUCCUAUGGUUGCAAAGCAAGAAGGAAGGAGAAGGAAGAGGAUAAGGGGGCCGGCAAGAGAGAUGAGGGAGAAGCAGCGAAGGAGGCUGAAAUUAGAACUGCUGAAGGGGCGAAGGAGCAGGUGAAGGAGGCUCAAGGGCCUGUUCCUUUGGCUACAGAUGCCACGGCUAAUGCUGCACCAACUCCUGAAGCUUCAGUUGCUACUGCUGCAGCUGCUGAGGCGGAAAGCAAGAAGGAGGUUAGGGUAACUUCGGUGGUGAAGGCAUGCUGCUGCUAAGGCUGAAGCCCCUAAGGCAGUUGAGCCGAAAGAGGGAGUGAAGGAGGAAGAGGUGAAGGGUGAAGUUGUUGAGGAGGGGAGAGAGGAGGAGAAGAGAGAAGAGGGAGGUAAGGGUGAGGUGAUGAAGGGUGAGGUGAUGAAGGGUGAGGUGCUGAAGGGUGAGGUGCUGAAGGGUGAGGUGCUGAAGGUGAGGUGAUGAAGGUGAGGUGAAGGAAGAACGGAGGGGAAGGGAGAGACGGAUAAGCAGGGGAACGGGAAGAAGGUGGAGAAAGGGACGAAGGGGGCGGAGAGUGCAGAGGCUGUUUCUGCAGAGGCAGAAAAGAGUAAGGAGGUGAAAGAGGUUGGGAAGGAGGAGGGGAAAGCGGACGAGAAACAGGCAAGGGGUAAGGGCGAGAGUGGUGGGGAGAAGUCAACUAGUGCUGCUGCAACAGCUGCU